ACAUCCCCUUCCCAUUCCCUUUCCCAAGUCCUAUGCUCCGGCACCAUUGUCAAUCACUCCCUCCCUCUUCUCCCGUGGCCCCCACAGCCUUUGCCCUUUGGCUUUUCCAAUCUAUUUCCCCCUUUUAAUAAAUAAAAAAAUCAAAUCCGCAUCCUUUUCCUCUUUUCUUCUCGAACCCACGAUUUCUUUCUCCUCUCUUUCCCUGUCUCGCCCCUAUCAAUCCCAUUUUCACUCUCCCCCCACCAGAACCUUCUAGAAAACACAAACCCUCCCUCUCGCUCUCUGUUUCUGUUCGCCGCCGCUUCUUCCUCCGCCGGUGAAGCUUUUCGUUUGAAGAACCCGACACUGUAAGGCAGUUUGAUUUUUUCGUUCAAGUUAAUUUCUUUCUCAAUUUUUCGGUUUUGGUUCAUGCGAAAACUUCCAAAUCCGUCCCUUUUCUAGUCUGUAAUAGAGCCAAGGAUUUGAAUUAUUUCUUCGCGAAAGUUCUCUCUGGAUCUGAGAGAGGGGAGAGGCAAAACGGCCAUGGCUGCGUUGCCGGACCAGAACGGCGAUUCGGCGUCCGGCGGCGGCGGCGGCGGCGGACGGGAGUCGCAGAGGACGAUUCCGACGCCGUUUUUGACGAAAACGUAUGAGCUCGUGGACGAUCCGGAGGCCGACGAUUUGAUUUCGUGGAGCGAAGGCGGAUCGACUUUCAUAGUGUGGCGGCCGGCCGAAUUUGCCAGAGAUAUACUCCCCAAGUACUUCAAACACAACAACUUCUCCAGCUUCGUCCGCCAGCUAAACACUUAUGGAUUUCGGAAGGUUGUUCCGGAUCGGUGGGAGUUUGCCAACGACUGCUUCAAGAGAGGGGAGAAAGGACUCCUCCGCGAGAUUCAGCGCCGGAAGAUCUCUCCGGCGGUCUCCGCUUCCGCCGCGGCGGUUGUGGCGGCGGCGACCGUGACGGCUGCGACACUGCCUCCAGCGACGGUUUCGGUUUCUCCGGCAAACUCCGGCGACGAGCAGGUGAUCUCGUCCAACUCGUCUCCGAUGGCCGUGCCGCCGCCGACUCCGACGGUGGCGUUGCUGCCGCGAACCAGGAGCUGCAACACCACGACGGAGAUUCUAGAGGAGAACGAGCGGUUGAGGAAAGAGAACAUGCAGCUCAGCCAGGAGCUGGCUCAGCUUCGGGGGUUGUGUAACAAUAUACUAGCAAUGAUGACCAACUACGCCUCGGGGCAGUUAGCGAGAGGUGGCGGAGCAGCAGCCGAGGAUAAGCGGCCACAUCCGCUGUCUCUUGCGGUGAAAAAAUCUCGAGAGGGUGAAAACGCCGCCGUAUCAGGCGGCGACAAGGCGGAGUACUCGGCGGGGGAAGAGGAGAUGGAGGAGGAUCAGGAGGAGGAAACGCCGCCGCCGCUGCUUCCGAUUCAGACGCCGAAGCUGUUUGGGGUUUCAAUCGGGGUGAAGCGCGUGAGGAGAGACGAGGAGGAGGAGGAGGAUCAUGAGCGUCAAAACCAAGGGUGUGAUGAGGUGGUGAAGCCGGAGCCGUCGGAUGGGAGCUCCAAGCACGAUAAGGAGGCUACGUGGCUGAAGCUGAGGAAGUGACAAUGUAUCGUGAUCUUGAAAACGAGUCAGAGCUUCACCGCACGAAAGCGUAAAGCGCGCACGUGCGAAAGGGGUGUGGGGAAUCUUUAAUUUUUCUGGUACAUUCUGGAAAGCCGCGAAAACGGUGUCGUUUUGCGGUGUCAAUUUUUUGGGGCGUGAAUGAGUGAAAACCGUUUGAUCCGUGGAAGCGCCAAAAGAGGAAACAGGAAAAAGUGCAUCUUGCCGCAAAAGGUAAAAAAAGCGAAAUUCCGCAGUCAAAGUUUUCGAAUUUGACCAUGCUUUGGUUAAGUAUGAUCAUAAUCAUAAUUAAUUGAGGAUGGGUUUCUGGGUUAUGAACAGAAACACACCACUUUUGACCAGUACCGUGCUAAUGUGUUCAAGAUCAGCAAUUUGAUUAUGGAAUUAGUCAAAUGUAGUUUGCGGGUUUUUUUUUUUUUGUUUUUUUUUUUUUGGGCAAGUCAAAAUGUAGCUUGUUGGUAAUUGAUGUAAGAGAAAGCAAAAUCUUUAUCUAAUGGUUUGUUUUUGUUGUUUA